GAUGAUGAUGAUGAUGAUGAUGAUGAAGGAGAGCGGAGCUGCGGUCACACCGCAGACGGAGACGUUCAGAGGAACCAGAAUCAGACGUUACGCCAUCAACCCCGUGGGACACAAGUGGACUCACCACAACAUCACAUACAGGAUCAUACAGUUCCCUAACACUCUGAAUGUGGAGGAUACCAGGAAAGCCAUCAGCAUCGCCUUCACCAAGUGGAGCGACGUGUCUCCGCUCAGCUUCACCGAGGUUACCAACCACAACGCUACCACUGACAUCACCAUCGGUUUCUACACCUUCAACCACACUGACUGCUGGGCGUCUCCCCUCCACCCGUGUUUCGACGGUCUGAACGGCGAGCUGGCUCACGCCUUCCUGCCGCCGCGAGGAGAAAUACACUUCGACAACCACGAGUUCUGGAUCCUCGGCAAGUCCCGCUUCAGCUGGAAACAAGGUGUGUGGCUCAACGACCUGGUUCAGGUAGCGGCCCAUGAGAUCGGUCACGCUCUGGGCCUGUGGCACUCCAGAGACCCCGAGGCCCUGAUGCACCCGAACGCCACGUACACGGGCCAGAGGAACAUCGCCCAGGACGACGUGUGGGGCAUCCAGAGGCUCUACGGCUGUCUGGAUAAGAAGAGAGUGUGUGAUGCGUGGGCUCGUCUCGGUCUCUGUGAGCGCAGGAAGAUCUUCAUGAAGAAGAACUGUCCUCGCCGCUGUGACCUCUGCUACGAGCCUCUGGAGGCGGUUGCCACGCCAACCCCUCCUCCGGCGAAUGUGAAGAUGAAGAUGGUUCCUCGGGGGAAGGUGAUCGGUUUCCGCUGCGGAACCAAAACCUCCCGCUCAGCUAAAGUCAGCUGGUAUAAGGACGGGGAGCGUAUCGUGUCCUCUGUCCCCGGCUACAUCGUGCUGAAGGACAGAGACCUCCGCAUCGUGGCCAACGAGUUCAACGAGGGCGUCUACACCUGCCGCGUCCAUCGCCGUGGAGACACCACGUCCACCAACUCCUGGGUCAUCCGCCUGAAACCGGAGACACCGUCCAACAGCUGAGGAUGCUGGGACACAGGACACAGAGACACAGAGACAUAGAGACACAGAGACACAGGACACAGAGACACAGAGACAC